AAUUCUGAAUCGUAGGAUUAAAUUGUUUUCUAACUUCUAAGUUUGUUUCCCAUUUUGAGUGUUUGUAUAAUUAAGAGCUGUAAAUGGUAUGGUGUAGUUUGGUGUACAUACAAUGAUCUAAAAAAAUGUUUCACUCCUGAAAUGUUAAAGUCAUUUGUAAGACAAUACUGGUUAACUGGGGCUGCUACAAUUGCAGUUGUUGCAUCAGCGGCAUAUUAUGUGGCUAUUGGUGAGCCAGACAACUUUCAAAAUGUGAAGAAGCCGAAGAACAAGUCACGAAACAAAUUAGCUGGCCUAGUGAAUGAGGGAAAUACUUGCUUCAUCAACACCACAUUACAGGCAUUAGCGUCCUGCCCCAUCUUCAUUUGGUGGAUUGAUUCAAUUUUGGCAAAACCAUCAUCAGAUGCUACAGGAAACUGCCUGGAAACUACUUCUAGCCUAAAUUUGACAAUGGCUGUCAUAAACAAUCAGCAUCCAACAAUUACUGCUGAUUUAUUCAACACAAGGCAAUUAAUUCAGUCAUUAGAGAAGCAUGGCUGGAACCUCAAGUCAGAAGAACAGGAUGCACAUGAAUUUUUUAAUAUGUUGUUUACCACCAUUGAUGAAGAGAUCAACAAGAAAAGCAAAAUUGUCAAAGGCAUAUCAAUUGAUGAGCAGGAUACUACUACUGUAUGCCAUUCAAUUUCAUCUUCACCAUUUAGAGGCAACUUGGCUAGUCAACUCUGUUGCUUAACAUGUGGGCACAAAUCUGUCCGCUACGAUGCGUUUGAAUGUUUAUCGAUUCCUUUGCCAAAGCUGGACAUGCGAAACGCCUUCACGAUGCUAAACGUCCAAGGAUUAUUAAAGCAAUUUCUGGCCGCAGAAACUGUAGGUGAGGUGCAGUGUGAUAAUUGCUCAGUAACGAACGGAAAGAGUGUUUUUAUGAAGCAGCUCAGCCUCGGCAAGCUACCCCAAUGUCUUUGUCUUCACAUUCAGCGUUGCGACUGGACCAAUGCAGGCCAACUGACGAAACGUCAGGAUUUAGUCAAAUUUAGCGAAGAAUUAAAUGUUGGUAAUGUUGUCUACACUAAUCGACUCUCUGGAAAUUUAAAACCCGUCACUUAUCGAUUGCGGGCUGUCGUUGAGCAUUUGGGAAUGGCAGAUUCGGGCCAUUUUGUCACGUUCCGGCGGAAUGCCGUGGACGGCCGCGCAAAAUGGUUCUACACUUCCGACACAUACAUUCGGACAGCUACCCUAGAAGAAGUUCUUAAAUCAAGUCCCUACAUGCUUUUUUACGAAAGAUGUACAUAAGAAUCAUGAUAAAAUACAUUAUCCUAUUGAUGUAUAGAAGGUGAAGUAAUAAGAAAAGAGCAAAACUAA